AUGAGUGCCCACGUUGUGGUGAUCGACACGACAGCCAGGCGGGCAACAAUCAGAACUACUCCCACCAAACACUUGACCGAUAUCCUACAAGAAGCAUGUUCGAAGCUUGGAUAUAACGCUAGUCAGUACUCAUUAAAACACAAUCGCAAGCAGUUGGACCUUUCUCUUUCCUACCGUCUGUCUGGUCUUAGCUCCGGCGCGAAGCUUGAACUUGUUCAACUCUCUCGCUCCCCAUCAGUCGUAACCGUCGGCCUACAACUGCCCGAAUCUGAGGCUCGUGAUGCCCCGAAUGGCCGCAUACUUGAUAAGUUCCCUAGUACGACUACGCUCUGGAUGGUACUACGCAAGUUCGAGGCGGGAGUUGCAGGGAGUGGCCCAGUACGGAACCUCACUUCACGUGCAGUGCCCUCUGCCGAUGGUGGAGAUGUCGCCGGACGACUGUAUUAUGAGAUCCCCGUCCUUCAGAUUUUGGAACGUGAAGUAUCGAGCUUCACGGAUCUACAAAAAACCCUGGCCCAUCUAGGUUUCAACAGUGGCAAUGUUCUUAUUCGACUAAGUUUCCGACGGACUGAUGAGCCUAUCGAGGAAGCCAUGGUCAAGAUUGGCGAGUUCUUCAAGCCCUCAGAGGAUGAGGCUCCUUCGGCACAGGAUAAGAACGCAGCGCCCGCAGUACCGCCCGCAGCAGCUCUCGCUGACAGCACAAGCAAGGAGCCUGCUCAAGAUCUCUCUAGUUCAUUGCAGCGUGAGCCCUCCACCGUCACCGCCGCAUCAUCGGACGAAGCUGCCCCUCCCCAAUAUAUCUCAGAACCGGCCACUUCCACGGUCGACUCUGGUCGAACGAUUACCGUCUUCUCUCCUCCCUCAGAUGACACUCCUUCAUCAGCAAAAUUAGACUACAAUGAGAGUGAUUACAUUCCCUCUAUCGAGCAUGCAAAACUGCACCAGCGGUUACUCAACGAGUCCUCUCGCCCAAAGCGCUUGCCAACGGACGCCGAGAUCGCCGCCAAGGCAGAGGCAGAAGCAGCAAGACGAGCAGCAAUUCACGAGGUCAACGUGAAGAUCCGGUUCCCAGAUCAGAGCCAAGUGGUUGCGAAAUUUGGGACCUCGGACACAGGACAGUCGUUGUAUGAAUUCGCACGCGGGUGUCUUGCCCCACCGUUCGCCAGCGAGAACUUCAAUCUGACUGUCCACGGUGUAUCCCGGUCCAAGCAUACAAACGCCAUACCCCAAUCAGACAAGAAGCAUCUGAUUAAAGACCUCGGACUGGCUGGCCGUGUGCUCGUCAACUUCUCUUGGGCUGAAAACGCUGCCUCGUUUGUUCAUGAACGCCGGGCGGAGAUUCUACGCCCCGAGCUUCGGAGCCAGGCUCAACAGCUCAAGGUAGAGCAACCACCGGAGCUCAAGGAAGAUGUGCCUGCUCCCUCACAGCCGGGUCCGAGUAGCGCUCAGGGCGGUGAUAAGCCCAGCGGGGCACGGAAGAGUGGCGGUAUGCCUAAGUGGCUAAAGCUACCCGGUAAGAAAUGA